AUGGCAGCGACCAAGGCCGGCGAUGAUGCCCUUGGCUUCACGGCGCAGAUGGAGGACGUCGAGGCCACCAAGGAGUGCCCGUCUCCCAGCGGCAGCGACACGCCGCGCAGCAUCCACGACGACAACGACGCCGCCGCCGUCGCCCGCGAAAAGGCCCUCCUCCGCAAGCAGGACCUGCGCAUCAUCCCGCUCACGGCCGCCAUCUACCUGCUGUGCUACCUCGACCGCUCCAACAUUGGCAACGCCAAGGUGCUCAACUCGUCCACCGGCAACGACCUGCUCCACGAGACGCGCAUGACGGCCUUUGAGUACACCAUCGCGCUCAUGGUCUUCCUCGUCGCCUACGCCGUCUUCGAGGUGCCCUCCAACUACUUCCUCAAGCGCCUCCGCCCCAGCCGCUGGAUCGCCUUUCUCAUGCUGUCGUGGGGCGCCAUCACCAUGGGCCUCGGCGGCACGCACAACUACCCAUCCGUCACCGCGGUGCGCUUCCUCUUGGGCGUCUUCGAAGCUGGCCUCUUUCCGGGUCUCGUCUACUACCUGACGUUUUGGUACCGCACCGAGGAGCGCUCCGUCCGCGUCGCCGCCAUCCUCGCCUCGGCGACGCUCGCGGGUGCCUUUGGCGGCGCCAUCGCGUACGGCGUCGGCCACAUGAACCGCGUCGGCGGCCUGUCGGGCUGGCGCUGGCUCUUCAUCCUCGAGGGCAUCCCCUCCGUCAUCUCCUCCGUCUUCGUCUGGUUCCUGCUGCCCGACUACCCUGAGACGGCCGGCUGGCUGACGGCCGACGAAAAGGACCUGGCGUGCCGGCGGCUCGCGGACCAGGGCUCGCACGGCUCCAGCGAGUCGCUGACGUGGAGGGAGGCCAAGGAGACGCUCCUGGAGUGGAGGCUAUGGGUGCACUACAUUAUUUACUUUGGCAUAUCGACGCCCUUCUCGAGCCUGUCGCUCUUUACGCCGUCCAUUGUGGCGGGCUUGGGGUUUGCCGAUCUCAAAGCGCAGCUCAUGACUGUGCCGCCGUACGCGGCCGCCUACGUCGUGACGCUGCUCGUGUCCUGGUCCGGCGACCGCCACAACGCCCGGGCCUUACACUCAGCCGUCUUCUCAACCAUUGGCGCCGCAGGCUUCAUCGGCUCGGCCCUGCUCCCCGCCCACAGCUACACGGAACGGUACGGAUGCCUCAUCGUCGCCGCAUCAGGUGCCUUCUCGUGCAUCCCGCCGCUGCUGGGCUGGCUGUCGUCGAACCUACACUCCACCGCCGCCAUCGGCCUGGCCAUUGCGCUCAACGUCUCCAUGGGCGCGCCGGGCCAGAUCGUCGGGGUGUGGAUCUACAAGGCCGACGAGGCGGCCGCGGGAUACCCGACGGGCCAUUGGACCAACGCGGCGCUGCUGCUGUUCGUGGCGGCCAACUGCGUCGCCAUGCACUGCUAUUACGUGUGGAGGAACCGGCGCGGCGGAGGCAGGGACGGGGUGCCGUUCAAGUAUUAGACGUGCAGAAAACGUACUUUGUGCAAGUUCAAUGCUGCUCUGUACAGUCCUGCUGAUGGCGAGGCUGUGCCCAUUGUCAUCGCAGUCAACCGUCUUUCUGCCAUUGUAU